AAUUGCUGACAGCAGGCACCUGUUUGAAAACCAAUGAACACAUGAGGCUUCCUGUAUAAAACUACCUCCUAGUUUGUAUUUAGUACCUCAGCUACAACAUCAUUGUGUGCUUUAUUUGUGUGCUGACUUCAGAAAUGACAAAGAAAGUGCUCAUCGUGUACGCCCACCAGAGCCCAGGCUCCUUCAAUUGUGCGGCCAAAGAUGUCGCCGAGGAGGCUUUGACUGCUCAGGACUGCACGGUGCAAGUUUCUGAUCUUUAUGCCAUGAAGUUUAAAGCCACUGCAACAGCUGAGGACAUCAAUGGUGCGGUCAAGAAUCCUGAGCACUUCUGUUAUGCCGAGGACACCAAAGUGGCGUGGGAGGAAGGAAAACUGUCGGCGGACAUCGUUGAGGAGCAACGCAAACUCACAGAGGCUGAUCUCGUCAUCUUUCAGUUCCCCAUGUACUGGUUCAGCCUUCCUGCUAUCCUGAAGGGCUGGAUGGACCGUGUGCUCACGCUUGGAUACGCCUACUCUGAUGACAAGCGAUACAGCCAGGGACUCUUCAAGACCAAGAAGGUUGUGCUGUCUUUCACCACUGGCUCCCAUGAGUCCAUGUUCAGUGCUGAUGGCAUCAAUGGAGACAUGAACGUCACCCUCUGGCCACUUCAGAAUGGCAUCCUGCACUACUGUGGCUUCCAAGUGCUGGCACCUCAGAUCUUCUGGGCUCCGUCUCGCGUCUCCCAGGAGGAGCGCGCCGCCAUGCUGGAGGCGUGGCGUGCACGACUUCAAGGUCUCCGGGAUGAGGCCCCGCUAGCCUUCACUCCCAUGGACUGUUUUGAUGGCGACAAGGGCUUCCAGCUGAAGCCUGAGGUCCAGGAGAAACAUGCAUGCCAGGAGUUUGGCCUCACUGUAGGAACCCACCUGGGGAAACGUGUGCCACCCAAUCAGAUGAGGGCUGGAGUUUGAACUUUAAUACCCUGUCUACAAAAUAAAAGCAGCCUGCCUCUUUAAGAUGACUCUGGAAAUCUGUACUGAAUUAUUACAAAUUGAAGCAAUCGGUGCCUUCUAUUCAGAUCCCAACACCAGGACCUAAUUCUCUAAACCUUAGUACUUUGUUUUGGAAUGUUUGUACAAUUGGAAACAACACAUGAUGUUGGAGUGGGGUAAGAGGCACACUGCUACAGCAUGUAUGGAAAAAAUCUGCACAUUUUAGUCACUUGAUAUGUUUGUAUAUGCUCAGCAAAAACCAACUACGACCCACUAGCAUCUUUAAUUUGGCCCGUGAGAUGUCCUGAGUCCAAUAAAGCAUGGCAGAAUGCUUUCAUAUUGAUCUUAUAAUCAAA